GGGACUUUGUAGUUCGUUCGGUCGUUUGUUGUUUCGGAUCAAUUAUCAAUCGGAAAUUCAACCGGAAAUAGUGAAGAAGAUGGAGAUUCUGGGUAUGGAUUUUAGCUGCGCGUUGGGUUCUCUCAGCGAUGGCAAGUUCCCUGACAAGGACUGUUUGCUUCCUCUCAUAUCGAAGCUCCUCGGGUACUGCAUCGUCGCCGCCUCCACUAUCGUCAAACUUCCACAGAUAUUAAAAAUUUUACAGCAUAGAAGUGUUAGGGGCCUUAGUGUUGCAGCUUUUGAGCUUGAGGUUGUUGGUUAUACUAUUGCUUUGUCGUACUGUCUUCACAAGGGCCUUCCUUUUUCAGCUUAUGGGGAGUUGGCUUUUCUCUUAAUCCAAGCUAUAAUUUUAAUUGCUAUCAUCUACUAUUAUUCGCAACCAAUGGGAAUGAAGACAUGGAUCAGGGCAUUACUAUUUUGUGCUUUAGCACCCACCAUUUUGGCUGGUCAGAUUGAUCCUGUUCUUUUUGAAGCUCUAUACGCCUCUCAGCAUGCGAUUUUUUUCUUUGCCAGGGUUCCACAAAUAUGGGAGAAUUAUUCUAACAAAAGCACGGGGGAGCUUAGCUUCUUGACUUCUUUUAUGAAUGUUGGAGGUUCCAUUGUGAGAGUUUUCACCAGCAUCCAGGAAAAAGCUCCCACUAGUGUGAUUCUCGGAUCUAUGAUUGGAAUUGUUUUGAAUGGGACCAUCCUCUCUCAGAUACUUCUCUACCGGAAGCCACAGGCAAAGAAAGGGAAGAAGGCAGAAUAGAAGCAAAGUUUGUUACUUGGGUGGCUUUUUGUACAAUUAAGAUUCAUAAGGAGUUGCAAGAGGCCCAUGCUUGCCAUUGUCAUCAGUAAGUUAUGGAGGGGCAAAUUAUUUUUCUAUCUAGUGAUCCUUCAAGAGAUGUAGUAUAGCAUUGUUGAUUGGGUAUACAAAUUGAAAGUGAUUUCAGAUGCUCUGUUCAUCUUGC